AUUACCGUUACAAGUUAACACAAAUUGGGACCAGCAGUAUCCGUACCGUACGCUGGACAGACAGACAGCUGACCCUUCUUCUUCAAGCUCCCAAAAUGUAAGGGGAAGACAAGCUGACAUACAGACACGCACACGUGUAACCCACGCAAUACAUACUGUUGCAAUCAGUCACGCAUACACGCGCAGGUAAACAAACACAUACAUAACACUGAGGAGUCAAAGUUGAAGUUUCUAUAACUAAUACAAGGAGGUGUUCACAUACGCUCGCGGGUGCCUGAUCGCCUAUAUAUAUACACACACACACACACACACACGCACGCACAUAAUACAUACAUACAUACAUACAUUAUUAACACGCAUAAAUGUCUAUAAUUGCAAACACGCAUGCGAGUAUACAGGAAAAACGUUUUAUAUCUGAAUAAAAUAGAUACACACUCGUGCAAUCAUGCAGAUGAAAUUAUUUACAUUUGCACUGACACAAAUCCGCACAUACUCGCAUAUUUAUGUACACAUAUAUAGGUAAGCUUUUUAAGUAGUAAAUCUGCUUUCAUUCAUGUACUCAUGCCCAUAUGCAAACACACACACACACACACACUCAGAUACAUACACAAACUCAUACACGUAGAGACAUACAAUGCAUUUUCUAUUAGAAUCUUGAUAGUUCUUACAAAGCAAGACAAACUGCACUAGAGAACCAGAGUGCAUUGAUACAGAAAGGCGGUUAACACUUAAGAAAAUUAAAGAAAGAACAUGGAAAGUCCUACAAAAUCUGGGGUUGACCUGAAUGUGUCACCUCCACUUGUAUCCAUUAAAGUGGAAGAUGCAAAGAAAAGAUCUGGCUCUAUUUCAAGACCACUAUCAAAGGGUAUCAAGAAGAAUACUCUUCUCUCUGGAGAGGCUUUGAAAGAGAUGCAGAAACUAGUAAAAGCAACGAGAGAAGAUCGGCGAAUGAUGCUUGACCGCCGGCAUCAGGUCCUCUUCAGACUGGUAUCUGAUGCUCUCAAGAUUGAAGUAAAUGUUGUGGAAGAGUUUGUUCUCAGUGAUGAGAAAUUUGAUACUAUUGAGGAAUUUUUUGAUGCAAAUGGUCGGAAAAAGCUGAUAUUUUUUUAUCAAGCAUAUUUGCGACGAGAUAGUUUAUAUAAUAAAAAUGAGUCUGGCAGCCAACAUCAACAGACAUGUAAAAAACUGAGUAUUUUAACAGGAAGUACAGAGCACGUCAAUGGCAUCUGUUGCUAUUUCUUGAAGACUUUCCACAAAGCUGUCACAGAUAGUAACAUAUCUCAGAACGUGUCAUUUGGAGUGUUGGAUUGCCGGAAAGAGAAAAUAUUACCAGGAAUUGGAGAACACCUGAAUAAGAUAAUUCUUGAUUCCUUAAAGUCUCUUGAGUCUUGGGGAUCCCUCUCAAAUGGAAAUGGACCAGAAACCAAAGUAGGAGAGUUUUUAGAACAACUUGAACGAUUUUCUGGAAGUGUGAACAGUUCCAUAAAUGUUUUGGAAGGACAGCUGGCUUUAGUAGAAAAUGGAUAUGGUCAGUUGAUAAGUGGCUUGGACUGCCCUCAAGACUACCAAGCUGCAGCUGGCAAUUCUGAGUCUGUUGAUAAGUUUGAAGAGCUUUUGGGUAUCUGGGCAAACCAAAUUGAACAAGUAUUAGCUGAAAGUGAACAAAUGAGACGAGAAGCUGAUGACAUAGGACCAACUGCUGAGCUUAUUCACUGGAAGAAUAGGAUGUCAAAAUUCAACAAUCUUUUGGAACAGAUUAAAAGCAAGAAAGUGAAAACUGUGGUUGGUGUUUUACAAGCAGCAAAGUCUAAAAGUUUGAAAAGAUGGAAAGAACUGGAUGGCCGUAUUACUGAUGCAGCAAAUGAAGCAAAAGAUAAUGUGAAAUACCUGUAUACUCUGGAGAAAUUCUUUGGAUCUUUAAUCAAGUGUAAUCCGGUAACAAUUGUGGAACACAUCCCCAGCCUCAUUAAUGCUGUUCGCAUGAUCUACUGUAUUUCCCAGUAUUAUAAUACUUCAGAGCGCAUGACAUCUCUAUUUGUGAAAAUAACCAAUCAGAUGAUAGCAACAUGUAAGGUGUACCUUUUGGGUGAUGUCAGCAGAAUAUGGGACCACAAAAGAGAAGUUUUGAUCCCAAUGUUGAGGAAUUGUAUACAUUUGAAUGAAAAAUACCAAGAACACUUCCAGAAGACCAAGCAGCGCUUGCAAGCCAAUCCAGCUGAAAAACAAUUUGAAUUCAGUGAAAACUACAUAUUUGGCAAAUUUGAUGCAUUUUGCAAACGUCUUGAACGUGUCAAUGAAAUGGUUAAUAUAAUGACAGCAUUUUCAGUGCUUCAAGACAUUAAGAUAGAAGGCAUUGAUACCAUUGUGGUCAAGUACAAAACCAUUGUGGAAUCCGUGAAAAAGAAGAAUUAUGACAUUUUGGAUCACAGAAAAACAGAGUUUGAUCAGGAUUAUGCAGAUUUCCUCUCACAGACUGAUAGUAUACGGGUGGCAAUACAGCAUUUUGUUCAUGGUUGGAUGGAACGUUCCUUGCCUACAGCAAAGGCUAUUGAAUUAAUCUUGAAAUUUGAACUUGUAAAGGAUUCUAAACUUGACCUCAGUGACCAUUACCACACUUUGCUGCGACAUUACAAUAAAGACUUAGAAGCUGUUCGCAGGCUAUAUCAGAAGCAAAAAAUGGACCCUGCCAUUGCACGAAACAUGCCACCCUUGACUGGUCGAAUUCAUUGGGUAAGACACCUGUACAGGCAAAUUGAAGAACCAAUGAAGUUGUUUAGAAACAAACCUGAUAUUCUGAAGCAUCCAGAUGCACAGAGUAUUAUUGCCAGCUAUAAUAAAAUGGCCAGUGUCUUAUUGGAAUUUGAGCUACUCUAUUACCAAAGCUGGUGCAAAGCAGUAGACAGUAUAAAAAAUGGUCUUCAUGUUUCCCUUUUGGUUCGUCAUCCAGAAACACAGGAAAUGCAUGUUAAUUUUGAUUACCAUAUAAUUGAGCUUAUAGAAGAAGCAAAAUGGUUAGUUUCCUUGAAUCUUGAAAUUCCAGAAACUGCUAGAGAACUUGCACUCAAGGAGAAUAUAUUCAAAUCAAACUAUACAGCCCUCAACUCCAUGUUGGUAAAAUACAAACAUAUUCAAACGACCAUUCCUCAGGUGCUGUGGACUUUAACAAAACCCUUGCGCGACCAUGUAGAGAAGGUUUUAAAACCUGGUCUUGGACAACUCACUUGGACCUCAUUUAAUAUCAACUCUUAUGUGGUGAAAUGUAACCAGGCCAUUCAUGAACUGAAGAAGAUUGUAAAGAGAGUGACCGACCUCCUUGAAUGUCAGAUUGAUGCUGUCCUUGAUGACAUUUCUCUGAUGCCACUUUGCGAAUUGCCUGAGGACGAACCUAUUACUGUGCAUGAGUUUCUGGAAAAAACAAGCAAAGUAGUUUCUACUGCAGCUGAAGCCAUCAACAUUUCCAGCCAGUUGGUGGAAAAAUCAGUCGAGGAUUUAGCCAAUCUGCUGAUCUCUAACCUGAAAGAAGAAGAACGACAAGGGCUCACUAUUGCCAAUGGGUUUCCUUGCAUGAGUCCUGAUAAUAAACACAAGAACCAACGUUGCCAAGAGUGCCAGCCCUGUUGUUAUUAUGCCAUGUUUGGUUACUUUACCCAGAGGAACACUGAUGCUAUUGUUAAAUGUACACGUCUGACACUAGAUUUUCUGAAACGUCGUCUUCAGAAUGCUAAUAAGUAUAAGGAACCAUACAAGACUGACACAAAAUCACCAUUAUUCUUAAGCAAGAUUGUCCUACAAAUUCCAAAUGUUGUCCUCUGUCCAAGUUUAGAUGAAAUUCAACAAAGCCUUAACAAAGCUAUACAAAUGAUAGUUAAGAUAUCACAGAAUAUUGCACCAUGGAAGCACUUUGUUUUGCAGCAAAAGCAACAAAUGAAAGAAAUGGAACAGCUUGCGAGUGAACAGUCUGAAGAGCAAGGAAAAACUGCACCCCCUAGUAGUACAAUUAAACCUUUCCAUCGACUAAUUAGUGACCAUAAAGACGUAGUGAAGGUUGUCAUUCAGCUGGGCUCAGCAAUUAGUACUUACAAAACAGAAGUACAAAAUAUGUUAACCAACUUCUCCAAAUAUUCAGAACUUUGGACACAGGAUCCUUCUGAGAGUGUUAAUGAGUUUGUGACACAGAAUCCAAUUCUGACCGAUUAUGAAGAGAAAAUCAAAUAUUUACAGAGAAUGGAACAAGAGGUCGAGGAACUGGACUCAACAUAUCAAGUUGGAUCAAUUGUCUUCGAGGUUGACACCCUUAAGCUGGCACUUCUUGCUGAAAACAAAGCAUGGCAGCAGGCAUAUGCCCGUGCACUGAAUGAGAAGUCCAGUGAGGAAAUGAAUGAGAUCCUUGCAUUCUUUGACAAUACUAUGAAGCGGUUAUGCCGGCCACUGAAGGACUUAGAUGAUGUUCGGGCACAUAUGGCAGCACUGAAUGAAAUUCGAGAAGCUGAGGUGCGGAUUGACAUGACAAUUGCACCAAUAGAAGAGACAUAUGCCAUGUUAAACAAGUACAAUUUGGUUUUCAAUGAUGGAAAUGCUGAAAGAGUGGAUUCAUUGAGCUAUGGCUACUUCAAACUAAAAACUCAGUCUCAAGAAGUUCAAGCUAAGUUACUGGAGAUUCAACCACAAUUCAAAUCUGACUUACUGACUGGUUGCGAAGUGUUUUCCAAAAAUGUGACUCAGUUUGUAGCUGAGUAUGACAGCAAAGGACCAAUGGAACCAGGAAUUAAGCCUAGUGAGGCUUCUGAUCGACUGACCAUAUGUCAGUCCCAGUUUGAUGAACUGUGGAGCAAAUUUCUCACCUACUCUGGUGGUGAAGAAUUGUUUGGCCUGACAGUCACACAAUACCCUGACCUUCACCGAAUCAAGCGAGAACUGGCUCUACUUCAGCGCCUUUAUCAACUCUACAACAGUGUCCUGGACAGUGUCAGUGGUUACUACGAUAUUCUUUGGGCUGAUAUUGACAUUGACAAGAUCAAUAACGAACUUUUAGAAUUUCAGAACAGAUGCCGUAAGCUUCCAAAAGCCCUCAAAGAAUGGCAGGCCUAUGAAGAUCUGAGAAAAACCAUCGAUGACUUCAAUGAAACCUGUCCAUUGCUUGAAAUGAUGUCUAACCGAGCAAUGCAGCAACGACAUUGGCAAAGAUUGUCCACCCUCACAGGACAUGAUUUUGAUGUCAAUUCAGAUAACUUCCUCUUACGUAAUCUCAUGGAAGCACCUUUACUUGGUAAUAAAGAAGAAAUUGAGGACAUUUGUAUUUCUGCUGUGAAAGAAAAAGACAUUGAAGCUAAAUUGAAGCAAGUAAUUCUUGACUGGGACUCACAUGACUUCCAGUUUUCAACCUUCAAAUCAAGAGGUGAAUUACUUCUAAAAGGUGAUACUACUUCAGAGACAGUAGCUUUAAUGGAAGACAGUUUAAUGAUUCUUGGAUCACUUCUCAGCAACAGAUAUAAUGCACCAUUUAAGUCAACUAUUCAGACAUGGGUUCAAAACUUAACCAGUACAACGGAGAUAAUAGAAAAUUGGUUGGUCGUUCAGAACUUAUGGAUCUAUCUGGAAGCAGUUUUUGUUGGUGGAGAUAUUGCAAAGCAACUUCCUCAGGAGGCGAAACGGUUCAGCAAUAUUGACAAGUCUUGGAUGCGAAUUAUGCAGCGGGCACAUGAAAUUUCAAAAGUCGUUACAUGUUGUGUGGGUGAUGACAUUCUCUCUCGUCUUCUCCCACACCUCCUUGAACAGUUGGAAAUGUGUCAGAAGUCACUGACAGGCUACCUGGAGAAGAAAAGACUCGUCUUCCCUCGUUUCUUCUUUGUUUCCGACCCUGCCUUAUUGGAGAUUCUUGGUCAAGCAAGUGACUCGCAUACAAUACAGGCUCACCUCUUGAGUGUCUUUGAUAACACCAAAUCUGUACAAUUUGAUGAGAAGUACUAUGAUAGGAUCCUGUCUAUUCAUUCACAAGAAGGAGAGUGCAUUGCUCUUGAGGAAACCGUCCAAGCUCAGGGCAAUGUUGAGGUUUGGUUGGGUGACCUACUAAGAAUAUCUCGAAGGUCACUACAUGGAGUCAUCAGAACAGCUGCUAUGGCAAUUACUGACCCAACAUUUAAGCUCCUUGAAUUUGAAAAUAUGUUCCCAGCUCAGGUUGGUCUUCUUGGUCUGCAGAUGAUCUGGACACAAAACUCUGAAUUGGCCCUGACUAAAGCACGUUCUGAUAAGAAGAUCAUGGCCAACACAAACGUGAAGUUUACCGAAAUUCUCAACGAACUGAUUGAUAUCACAACAAAAGACCUGACUAAAAUUGAAAGGACCAAGUUUGAAACCCUUAUCACCAUUCAUGUGCACCAGAAAGAUAUCUUUGAAGAUUUGGUUCGAAUGCAUAUCCGGUCAGUUAAUGAUUUUGAAUGGUUAAAGCAGUCUCGAUUUUACUUCAAAGAAGACACUGACCAGUGCUUGAUCUCAAUCACUGAUGUGAACUUUAAAUACAUGAAUGAGUUUCUUGGUUGCACAGACCGUCUGGUCAUUACUCCACUGACAGACAGAUGUUAUAUAACUUUAUCACAGGCAUUGGGUAUGGCACUUGGAGGUGCUCCAGCAGGCCCAGCAGGAACAGGCAAGACAGAAACAACAAAAGAUAUGGGCCGUUGCCUUGGCAAAUAUGUUGUUGUCUUCAACUGCUCAGAUCAAAUGGAUUACCGAGGACUUGGUAGAAUCUACAAAGGUUUGGCCCAAUCAGGUUCUUGGGGUUGUUUUGAUGAAUUCAACCGUAUCGAACUGCCUGUACUAUCAGUGGCAGCCCAGCAGAUUGCUAUUAUACUAACAUGCAAAAAGGAACGAAAACCCCAGUUUAUAUUCACUGAUGGAGAUACUGUGGAUAUGGAUCCUGAAUUUGGUCUGUUUCUCACAAUGAAUCCUGGCUAUGCUGGUCGACAGGAACUGCCAGAAAACCUGAAGAUAAACUUCCGAACUGUUGCCAUGAUGGUACCAGACAGAGGUAUCAUUAUGCGUGUGAAACUUGCCAGCUGUGGCUUCCAACAGAAUGUGAUGCUGGCUAAGAAGUUUUACACUCUUUACAAACUGUGUGAAGAACAACUCACUAAACAGGUUCAUUAUGACUUUGGCUUGCGGAAUAUUUUAUCUGUGCUAAGGACACUGGGAGCUUUUAAAAGAACGAACUCCCAAGACAGUGAAUCAACAAUUGUAAUGAGGGUUUUGAGAGACAUGAAUCUAUCCAAGCUGGUGGAUGAAGAUGAACCAUUAUUCAUGUCCCUAAUUGAUGACCUGUUUCCAGGAAUGACUUUAGACAAAGCUGGAUAUCCAUCGAUUGAAGCAGCUAUUGCCACUCAGGUAACAGAAGCUGGUCUGAUUGCCCACUCUGCAUGGGUGCUGAAGCUGAUACAACUCUAUGAAACACAGAAAGUGCGCCAUGGAAUGAUGACAUUGGGACCAAGUGGUGCCGGCAAGACAAAGUGUAUCUAUGUGCUGCAAAAAGCACUGACUGUCUGUGGGAUGUUCCACAAAGAGAUGCGAAUGAACCCAAAAGCAAUAACGGCACCACAAAUGUUUGGUCGCCUUGAUGUCGCCACAAAUGACUGGACUGAUGGAAUAUUUUCGACUCUGUGGAGAAAGACACUUAAGAUGAAAAAGGGAGAACAUGUGUGGAUUGUACUGGAUGGUCCUGUUGAUGCUAUCUGGAUUGAAAAUCUCAACUCUGUGCUAGAUGACAACAAAACCUUGACUUUGGCCAAUGGAGACCGUAUUCCAAUGGCACCAAACUGCAAGAUUAUUUUUGAAGUGCACAACAUUGACAAUGCAUCGCCUGCAACUGUAUCUCGCAAUGGCAUGGUGUUCAUGAGCAGUUCUGUUCUGACAUGGGAACCAAUUCUACGAGGCUGGUUGUUGACUAGACCUCCAAGUCAGAGUGAACACAUAUUCAAUGCAUUUGAAAAUGCUUUCUCAAUCAUUUAUUCAUAUUUAGUUCAGAAUCUUUCACCAAAAAUGAAACUACUUGAAUGUAAUUAUAUCCGUCAAGCAAUUGAUCUUCUUGAGGGCUUGAUUCCUAGUGAGGAAGAUCGUAAAGAUAUUACACACACUCAUUUAGACAACCUCAUAGUUUUUGCCAUGAUGUGGUCCCUUGGUGCACUGUUGGAAAUUUCUGACCGUCAAAAGCUGGAAGAAUUUAUAAAGACCAAUUGUUCUCUUUCACUGCCUGAUGUUGAAGAUGACAACACCAUUUUUGAAUACCUUGUAUCUGAGCAGGGAACCUGGCAACAUUGGUCGGAAAAGGUUUCUUCUUAUAUAUACCCACCUGAUUCCACACCAGAGUACACAGCUAUUUUGGUACCUAAUGUAGACAAUAUCAGAACUGACUUUUUGAUUGGUUCCAUUUCUAAACAAGGGAAAGCAGUGCUACUUACUGGAGAACAGGGAACAGCAAAAACUGUUAUGAUUCAGGGAUAUUGCAGUAAAUACAACCCAGAACAAUACCUCUUCAAGAGCUUCAGCUUCUCCAGUGCCACAACACCUCUUAUGUUCCAGCGAACCAUUGAGAGUUAUGUUGACAAGAGAAUGGGGACAACAUAUGGACCUCCAGCAGGAAAAAAGCUCAGCAUCUUUGUUGAUGACAUCAACAUGCCUAUCAUCAAUGAGUGGGGUGACCAGGUAACUAAUGAAAUCACACGACAAUUGAUGGAAACAAAUGGGUUUUUUAACCUGGAAAAGCCUGGAGAGUUUACUACUAUUGUAGAUAUCCAAAUGCUGGCUGCCAUGAUUCACCCUGGAGGUGGCCGCAAUGACAUACCUGAAAGACUCAAGCGACAUUUCUGUAUUUUCAACUGUACUUUACCAUCAAAUGUAUCAAUUGAUAAAAUCUUCACCACCCUUGGCUGUGGCCAUUUCUGCAAGGAACGACAGUUCCUUGACAGUGUUAUAGAUUUGGUGAAGAUUCUAGUACCAGCGACCCGUAAACUAUGGCAGAAGGUCAAACUGAAAAUGCUCCCGACUCCAGCAAAAUUCCAUUAUGUCUUUAACCUGAGGGAUCUCAGUCGAAUUUGGCAGGGUAUGCUCUCAGCAGAGGCAGAAGUUAUCAAAGAGCCACAAGUUCUAAUAUCUCUGUGGACCCAUGAAUGUGCCCGUGUUUUAGCAGACCGAUUUACUGAGAUUCAAGAUAAAACAUGGUUUGAAGGCAUUUUCCAACAGGUUGUAGAAGAAGAAUGUGGUUUAGCAUUGGCACAAGACAUGGUAAAAGAACCCUAUUUUGUAGACUUCCUUCAAGAUGCCCCAGAAGCCACUGGUGAAGAGGAAGCAGAUGUUGAAAUGGAAGCACCAAAAGUCUAUGAGCCAAUCAGCAGUUAUGAACAGUUGGCUGCGAGACUUAAUACCUUCAUGGAUCAAUACAACGAAGCUAUUCGUGGUUCAGUGAUGGAUUUGGUUUUCUUCAAGGAUGCCAUGACACAUCUGGUGAAAAUCUCGCGCAUUAUUCGAACAACAAAAGGCCAUGCUCUUCUGGUUGGUGUUGGUGGUUCAGGGAAGCAGAGUUUAACUCGGCUUGCUUCUUUUAUUGCUGGUUUCAAGACUUUUCAGAUUACCCUCUCCAGAUCAUACAAUGUGUCCAACCUGAUGGAAGACCUUAAAUUCCUCUAUCGUAUGGCUGGCCAAGAAGGCAAGAGCGUCACGUUUCUCUUUACAGACAAUGAAAUCAAAGAUGAAUCCUUUCUGGAAUAUCUCAACAACAUCCUGGCAUCUGGAGAGGUUUCAAACUUGUUUGCCCGGGAAGAAAUUGAUGAAAUCCUUCAGGAACUUGUAAUUCAAAUGAAGAAAGAAUACCCUCGACGUCCACCAACAAAUGAGAACUUAUACGAUUACUACUUAAGUCGUAUCCGACAGAAUCUUCAUGUUGUUCUCUGUUUUUCUCCGGUUGGGGAAAAGUUCCGCAGUCGAUCACUGAAGUUCCCUGGAUUGAUAUCCGGUUGUACAAUGGAUUGGUUCCAACGAUGGCCAAAGGAUGCUUUGGUGGCUGUAUCCCAUCAUUUCCUCUCCAACUUUGACAUUGCCUGCUCUCCCGAGGUGAAGACAGCAGUGGUGAAUACAAUGGGGACGUAUCAGGAUGUGGUGGCUGAAAUGUCAGUCGAUUAUUUCCAACGUUACAGAAGACAGACCCAUGUCACCCCCAAAUCCUACCUUUCAUUCAUAUCUGGUUAUAAACAGAUUUAUUUGGAGAAAAGAACAGAAAUUGGUUUACUUGAUGAAAGGAUGAAAACAGGUCUUCAGAAACUUCUCGAAGCUACUGAGUCUGUGAAUGAACUUUCAAAACAAUUGGCUGUCAAAGAAAAAGAACUAGAAGUUGCUUCGAAGAAGUCUGAUGAAGUUUUAGCUGAGGUUACCACUAAGGCACAAGCUGCAGAAAAUGUUAAAGCUCAAGUUCAACAAGUAAAAGAUAAGGCACAAGCUAUUGUGGAUGCGAUUUCAGUAGACAAGGCCAUUGCUGAAGAGAAACUCGAGGCUGCCAAACCAGCUCUUGAACAAGCUGAAUCAGCUCUACAGACUAUUAAACCAACACAUAUUGCGACAGUCCGCAAGUUAUCCAAACCUCCACAUCUAAUUAUGAGGAUAAUGGACUGCGCGUUGCUUCUUUUCCAACGGAAAGUUGAACCAAUAACAAUGGAUCCUGAACGGAGCUGUCCAAAACCUUCUUGGAUUGAAGCCCAGAAAUUAAUGAGUUCAGGCCAGUUCUUACAAGGGUUACUGACUUUUCCAAAGGACACAAUCAAUUCUGAAACGGUGGAAUUCUUACAGACUUACUUAAACAUGGAAGAUUACAAUUUGGAAACUGCAAAGAAAGUCUGUGGUGAUGUUGCUGGGUUGCUGUCUUGGACUUGUGCCAUGGCCACAUUCUUUGGAAUAAACAAAGAAGUUUUGCCACUGAAGGCAAAUCUUGCCUCACAAGCUGGACGCCUGGAGGUUGCUAAUUCUGACCUGGCAUCAGCUCAGGCACAACUUGAUGAUAAGCAGCAAGAACUUGACAAAGUCCAAGCAAUGUAUGAUGCUGCCAUGAGAGAAAAACAGAUCCUCCGAGAGGAUGCUGAAGCUUGUCGUCGCAAAAUGUCAAAUGCAACAACAUUGAUUGAGGGCCUAGCUGGAGAACGUUUACGUUGGACAGAGGCAAGCAAAAGCUUUCAAGAACAGAUCAAGAAACUCGUCGGUGAUGUAUUACUGGCAACUGGAUUCUUAUCAUACUCAGGUCCUUUCAACCAAGAAUUUAGAAACCGAAUGAUAAAGAUCUGGAAAAAUGAAAUGUCACAAGCAAAUAUACCUUUUACAGAAGAUCUCAACAUAGUUGCAAUGUUAGCUGAGAAUUCAACCAUCACAGAGUGGAAUCUUCAAGGUCUUCCUAAUGAUGAACUCUCCAUCCAAAAUGGACUGAUUGUCAAUGAAGCAGCUCGUUACCCUCUACUAAUUGAUCCACAAGGUCAAGGGAAGAGCUGGAUAAAGAAUCGAGAAAAGGCUAACGAAUUACAGGUGACAACUUUGAACCACAAAUAUUUCCGAACACACCUUGAAGACAGCCUUUCUUUGGGUCGGCCUCUGCUCAUUGAAGAUGUCGGCGAAGAACUUGAUCCAGCAUUAGAUAAUGUUCUUGAAAGGAAUUUCAUUAAAUCUGGUUCUACAUUCAAAGUAAAAGUUGGUGAUAAGGAGAUUGAUAUAACAAAGGGCUUCCGUAUCUACAUUACUACAAAGUUACCAAACCCUGCAUACACUCCUGAAAUUUCAGCCCGCACAUCUAUAAUUGACUUCACAGUCACCAUCAAGGGCUUAGAAGACCAACUCCUUGGAAUUGUUAUUCUGAAAGAAAAACAGGAACUGGAAGCAGAAAGAACCAAAUUAUUGGAAGAAGUAUCACUGAACAAUCGUAAAAUGAAAGAACUAGAAGACAAUUUGUUGUUCCGUCUGACAUCAACUGAAGGUUCACUUGUUGAAGAUGAGUCUCUCAUACAAGUUUUGAGUGUUACUAAGAUAACAGCCCAAGAAGUCAGUGAAAAACUGGUGGUUGCUGCAGACACAGAGCUAAAGAUAAAUACUGCCCGAGAGGAAUUCAGACCAGUGGCUACCCGUGGAAGUAUUUUAUAUUUCCUAGUUGUUGAGAUGAGCAUGGUAAAUGUGAUGUAUCAGACAUCACUAAAACAGUUUCUUGGCCUUUUUGACAUGUCAAUGGACAAAUCCGUCAAAUCACCAGUCACAUCGAAACGUAUCCAUAACAUCAUUGACUAUCUCACUUUUGAGGUAUUCCGUUACACUUGCCGAGGCCUUUAUGAGAAGCACAAGUUUCUUUUUACCAUUCUGAUGACCCUAAAGAUUGAAAUAGAAGGUGGUAGAGUGCAACCAAAAGAGUUCCAAGUUUUCAUAAAAGGAGGGGCAGCACUUGAUUUGAACACUGUUGAACCUAAACCCAAGAAAUGGAUUUCUGAUAUGACCUGGCUCAAUCUAGUAGAGCUGAAGAAAUUGCCACAGUUUAAUUUAAUUCUCUCACAAGUCAAUGGAAAUGACAAGGCAUGGAAAUCAUGGUUUGAUGAAGAGAUCCCUGAAGAAGCACCUAUACCUGAUGGCUACAAUAAUACUCUCAGCUCUUGGCACAAACUGUUAUUGGUAAGAGCAUGGUGCCCUGACAGAGCCAUACCAAUGGCUCGAAUCUAUGUAGCUGAAGCCAUGGGAUCACAGUAUGCUGAAGGGGUCAUUCUUAACCUUGAGACAAUGAGUGAAGAAUCUGACUGCCAUUGUCCAAUGAUAUGUUUCCUAUCAAUGGGAUCAGACCCAACCGAAAACAUCAUGAGACUUGCAAAAAAAAGAAACAUUAAAUGUGACGCUAUAUCGAUGGGCCAAGGACAAGAUAUCCACGCUCGAAGGUUAUUACAAGUUUCAAUGCAAGAUGGACAAUGGGUGCUCUUGCAAAACUGUCACCUUGGACUGGAUUUCAUGGAGGAAUUACUGAAUACAGUAACAUGUGGGGAAAACAUGCAUGACAAUUUCCGCUGCUGGUUAACAACUGAAGAACAUCCAAAAUUCCCUAUAAACCUUUUACAAGCAUCAAUAAAGUUCACAAAUGAACCUCCCCAAGGAGUUAAAGCCAGCUUGAAGAGAACAUAUGCAGGGAUUAGUCAGGAGCAACUUGAUAUCAAUAAUCUUCCUAUGUGGAAACCAAUGUUGUAUAGUGUUGCAUUCCUUCAUACGACAGUACAAGAGAGACGCAAGUUUGGUCCCAUUGGAUGGAACAUUCCUUAUGAAUUUAACCAAGCUGACUUCAGUGCCACAGUCCAGUUUAUACAAAGCCAUCUGGAUGAUCUUGACAUGAAGAAAGGUGUCUCUUGGACAACAGUGCGUUAUAUGAUUGGAGAAGUACAGUACGGUGGGCGCGUGACUGAUGAUUAUGAUAAACGUCUAUUGAACACAUAUGCUAAAGUCUGGUUCUGCGAAUCAAUACUGUUGGAUUCAUUCAACUUUUACACUGGUUAUAAAAUCCCCAAAUGCAAGACAGUUGAUGACUACCGAAUUUCUAUUGAAGCCCUACCACUGCAAGACACUCCUGAGUGCUUUGGCUUGCAUGCUAAUGCUGAUAUCACGUAUCAAACGAACACAGCCAAUGAAAUGCUAGCAACUAUUGUGAACAUCCAGCCUAAAGAUUCUGGCAGUAGUGGGGGUGAAACACGAGAGAGUGUAGUAUACAAUCUUGCUAAUGAUAUGCUUGAGAAGCUUCCAGAUGAUUACAAGCCCCAUGAGGUGAAGGAGCGUUUACGUAAGAUGGGUAUUCUUCAGCCUCUGAACAUCUUCUUACGGCAAGAAAUAGACAGAAUGCAGAGGGUGAUUGGUGAAGUCCGGAUAACAUUAAAAGACCUUAAACUGGCCAUUGAGGGAACAAUAAUCAUGAGUGAGAAACUACAAGAUGCUUUGGACAACAUGUUUAAUGCCAGGGUUCCCAAUACUUGGAAGAAAAUUUCCUGGGAAUCAUCAACACUAGGAUUCUGGUUUACUGAUCUUUUGGAAAGGAAUAGUCAAUUCUCUUCAUGGCUCUUUGAAAGAAAGCCUUGUUGUUACUGGAUGACAGGAUUCUUUAAUCCACAGGGUUUCCUAACAGCGAUGAGGCAGGAAAUUACUAGAGCUCACAAAGGGUGGGCCCUUGAUGCUGUGGUUCUCAAUAAUGAAGUGACCAAAUCCAUGAAAGAAGACAUAAAUACUUUCCCUCAAGAAGGUGUAUACAUUCAUGGAUUAUAUCUUGAUGGAGCUGGCUGGGAUCGCCGUCAGUGCCGCCUAGCAGAACCAACAGCUAAAGUUCUUUACACACCCCUGCCAGUUGUACAUGUGUUUGCCAUCAAUUCAGACCGCCCAAGAGGUAUGAUAUUAUAUGAGUGCCCAGUGUACAAGAAGCCAUGUCGUACAGACCUGUCAUACAUCUUCCCUUUGCUCCUGAAAACCAACAAGGACCCUGAUCACUGGAUUCUCAGAGGAGUGGCUCUGCUCUGUGACAUCAAGUAGAAUGAUAUCAAAUGAAUGUGGAGAAUUAAUAAGGGUCAUUGCAAUGAUUUGGGUUACUUUCAGGGAUGAAAUCAUUGGAUCACAUUGGCGCAGUAAUCCAAAGAUGAUGUACCCGGUAUUAAAAUGAGACAAUCAUUUUCAGACCCUCAUACACAAAUCACACACAUUGACAUAAAUAUAUGUGUAUGCAAGCACACACACAUACACACAUACACAUACACACACACACACACACACACACACACAUGCAUAUAAACAUACAUAUAUGCACGCAUGUGUAUCAGUAUAUAGGUCUAUACUUAAAUGUAUGAAAUAUAUGCUUGGACACAUACAUGCAAAAAUAAAUAGGAAUACAUAUGAAUACAUUUUCUCUUGCUCUUUUUUACUCUUUUACUUUCAGACAUUGGUAUGUGGCCACACUGGGGCACUGCAUUCAAAGGUUUUAGCAACAGAUCCUUAUACUUAUUUCAGCUUGAUACUUAUUUUAUCAAUCUUCAAUAGUCAAACCCCUAUGUUGUGGGGCAUUAAGGAACUCAACAUAAAGACCCACCCAUACACACACACACAUGCACAUGUGUAUGUGUGUGUCUGCCUGUAUCCGUGUGUAUGUAUGUGUGUGUGUAUACACACAAACACACGCACGCACACACACACACACACACACACACACACACACAGACUGUGGCCUUUUUCAGAGUGUCCAUCAGCCAAAUUCCAAUGACAAGGUAUUGGAAAAUCCCAUGUGGCUACAGUAGAAGACACUUAGCCAAAGUUGCAUACCAGGGACUUGUACGUUGAACCACAUAGUAGGGAAAUGAUCUUCUUAACCAUAUACCCAUACCUGUCUAUUUACAUCAUUCACACACACACACACACACAUAUGGCGCAGGUAUGGUUGUGUGGUAAGAAGCCUGCUUCUCAACCGCAUAGUUUUGGGUUCAGUCCCACUGUGUGGCACCUUGGGCAAGUGUCUUCUACCAUUGCCUCAGGCUGACCAAAGCCUUGUAAGCAGAUUUGGUUGACAGAAACUGAAAGAAUCUGAUCGUAUAUAUAUAUAUAGAGAGAGAGAGAGAUAGAUAGAUAUAGAUAUGUAUAUAUAUGUAUGUAUGUAUAUGUAUAUAUCUAUGUAUGUGAACCUUUCUGUCCAUAUUUGUCGUCACUUCACCACUUGACAACUGGUGUUGGUGUAUUAACGUCCCCAUAACCUAGCAGUUUGGCAAAAGAGACUGAUAGAAUAAGUACCAGGCUUUAAAAAAAUAAGUCCAAGGGUCAAUCUGCUUGACUAAUACCCUUCAAGGCAGUGCUCCAGCAUGGCCACAGUCAAAUGACUGAAACAAGUAAAAUAGUAAAUGUAUAAAGAAUAUGUAUAAAUAUAUAUAUAUAUAUAUAUAUAUAUGUUUGUGUGUGUGUGUGUGUGCACGCACUCACACAUUCACAUGCACACACACACAUGCACACACACACAUGCAUACAGUACGAUUUAUAGAAAAUAUAAAUGUUCUCAAACAAACAUUUAAAAGAUUUCAGAAUCAUAACAUUGACAUAUAAAUGUCCUCAUUUUAAAAUAUUUUAUACAUAUCUACAAAUGUAUGCAACUGUGUAUGAAUGUGUCUGUUUUACACAAAUUUCUCUAUCUCCAAACCAUGACGCCAUAAGUUUCUAUGUACAAUUUACUGCAGAUAACUAAUGAAUAAAAAUGUCAUUGAAAUUAUAAA